GGUCCCCUCCUCUCUCUCUCGCACAGCCAAACUUCCGGACAAGGCAGCGUCACCGGGCUGCCUAUCGACAGCCAAGGCGCGAAUCAUUACGCGCCCGCCCGGCAAGGAACUGUCAUGCCAACGCUGUCCACGGGAUCCACCUCGAACCGAGCAGAUACAGUGCCCGCGAAGCUCAAGCUCAGGCUCAUCCUGCGACCUCUGCCAUCCCACCACAGCCAUUGAGAAUCGAAGAGCACCGAACAAAUUCCAGAGGAUCAUACUAAGUAAAUCGCGUUUGACAGUUUGGGAGCAGAGAUCGGAGGAAAGGGGAAAGCAGCAGCAGGGGGAAAGAAUCCCAGCAAGAUGAACAGCCUCCUCGGACUCUUCUGGCCAAUAUUUCUUGUGCUCGGUGUGUGCCGGGGCCGCUUGGUGACGACGCCGCAGGGGCCCCUGAUCCGCAUCGAGGGCCAGCCGGUGUCUCUGCCCUGCUCCGUGACGGACUACGAGGGCCCCAGCGAGCAGGACUUCGAUUGGCUGCUGCUGGCAGACGACGCCAACCUCAACCCCGUGCAGAUCGUGUCCACCUUCGACACGCUGUACACGGACGCCGGCCUGAAGGAGCGCGUGAGCGGCGGCGACAUCCGGAUCGAGCGGCUGGGCGAUAAUAAGGUCGAGCUGCGGAUUAAAGAGAUCAACAUGACGGAUAACGGAGUCUACAGGUGCACCACCCCCAGCACGGACACACAGGUGGUGGGGGAAUACUUUGCAGACGUCAGAGUUAAAGUCAUCCCGGACAGCCUGGUGUUGGAGCCGCGCGCCCCGGCGGCCAUCGUGCCCGAGGGUGGCGCCGUCCGCCUGUUCUGCAACGCCACCUGGAACCACACCCAGGGCACCUACCUGUCCGUCACCUGGUCGGCCCGCAAGGGGCUCUCCACGCUGGAGGACCUGGUGACCUACGGCCCCGACGGGGAGGUGCAGGUCAUGGACGCGGUGUCCCAGCGGUACGCUAGCGGAGGGCUGCGGCUGGACCUGCAGCACCGAGGCUCGUACGGGCUGGUGCUGAGCGGUGCGGUGCCCGCGGACCAGGGCGUGUACGUCUGCACGGUGCGGGAGUGGGCCAAGGAACCCGGCGGCGGCGGCUGGUACAAGCUGCAGCAGAAGAGGAUGGACUUUGGACACGUCUCCGUCACGCCCACAGCUCAGUCGCUGAACGUGUCCGUCACGGGCAGCACCAAACUGACCACAGGGGAGACGCUGCACCUCAGUUGCCGGGUACAGGCCGACGACUUCUCCUCUCUGGGCCUGGAGGUGACCUGGCUCUCGGAGGGCUCUCACGUCCUGGCCCACAUGGACCGCAACGGCAUAUCGAGCGUCGACAGCACGCCCAAGAACGCCGUCAUGAGACGCGUGGGAGCGGGGCUCUUCAAGCUGGAGCUGCCUGCGGUGGAGACGUCUCACGCGGGCCGCUACUCCUGCCACCUGAGGGCCUGGAUGCGGAACGCUGCGAAGGGCUGGUACCAGGUGGCCGAGAAGACAUCCGCUCCAGUGGAGGUCACCGUGACGCAUUUAGAGACGAGCUUCAGCGUUGCCUUCGCUGCCCUUGCGACGCCGCGUCUCCCUGGAGACCCCACGGAGCUGGAGUGCCGCGUCACCAACGUGUCCCACCUGCGUCUCUUCUCGCGCUUCGCCAUCUCCUGGCACCACCGGCCCGCCGCCGCACACCCGGUCACCGCCGCCCCCGGCAACAUCAUGGUGGGCUCGCUGGACUACAACGGGGCGCUGAAGCCCGGCCCGCGCCACCGACGACGCCUGGACGCCGGACUGGUCACCAUGACGCACGAGGAGCCGCUCACCUUCAAGCUCCGCCUACUGCACACGGGCGAGUCGGACGUCGGCGAGUAUAUGUGCAGCGUCAGCACCUGGAGCCCCAACAAGAGCGGCCAAUGGGAGGCCGGCGUUGACCACCAGACUCCGCCCUUUAAAGUGGGAUUCACCACCAAAGGCCCGUCCCUGAGCGUGGUGGCGCGUCGCGUGCGCGAGGCCACCACCAGCGGCGCCACCUUCGAGAUGAGUUGCCAAGUGAUGGCGGAGAACCUGCGGGGGCCGUCCUACUCGGUGCUGGUGCACAGCCAGGCGGAGGUGGGGGGCACGCUGCGCCGCCUCGUCUCCCUCAGCCCGGACGCCGUCAUGCGGGUCGAGGACUGGAGCGAGCCGGGACGACAGGACGCGGUGACGCUGCUCCGCACCGGGCCCAACGAGUUCAGCUUCCGCAUGCAGGGCGUGCAGGUGUCGGACCGGGGUUUCUACUCGUGCGAGGUCAGCGCCUGGACUAAGCAGCCGGGGGAGUCGGACUGGAGCAAAGUGGUGCACGGCACCUCCAACAAGGUGCAGAUCCACUACGAACACAAAGGUCCAUCCUUCAGCGUUGCCAUUAGCUCUGACACCACCAGCCUGUACCCCUGGGAGACGGCCAAGAUGGAGUGUGCCAUGAGUGUCUCUGGAACCCUUCCAAACCCAGACGACGACACGGUGUACGAGGUGCGCUGGUUCCUGUCUCGUCUCCGCGGCGGCGACAGUCCCGUGCUGCUGGCCUCCAUGGACCGGCACGGCGUGGUGCGCAAGACGCCGCGCAACGGCACCAGCGACGUCAGCCUGGAGCGCGUGGGCCCGCGCGCCGUCACCCUCAGCAUCCACAGCACGCAGGACACCGACACCGGCGAGUACCACUGCCAGACCACGCCCUGGAUGAGGUCACAGACCACCGGCGCGUGGAGCCAGGCGCCUGCCCUCACCUCAACACGAGUCUUCCUCAACGUCAAGUUUGCCUUGUGGGCGUCCAUGCGGCUGCCGCUGCUGUACGGCGUGUGUGCGGCGGCCAUCAUGGGCGUGGUCUCGCUGCUGCUGGGUCUCAUCUGCACGCGCUGCUGCUGCCGAAGCUCCGCCUACACGCCGCGCCCGCGCACCAAACUCAUGGAACUGGAGAUGGACUGACAACGACUGUAAAGGCCCUCCGCCGCCGCCGCCACCACCACCACCAUCACCACCUCCUCUCCCCAAAACUCUUGCUCUCUGGACCAAUGGCAAAACAUAUCCUGUCCGUGUCCCGCCCCAAUGACUCUCGUCAUCACGGGAGGAAGAAGGGUUUAUAUGUACAUGGCAGUGGUGUUGUGCAGCGUUAACCACUGGAUGAACCCAUGAAGGGAAGGGAAGGGAAGUCCAGGGAUA